AUGGGAAUUCUAAAAUAUUUGGCAGUGGCUGGCCUUGUAGCAUCCACAUCCAGUUCGAGCCUUCCGGAUGUCUGCACCACGGCUUUUGUUGAAUCGUCUCUUCCGGCACCAGACUUCUUCCCAGGACUCGAACUAAUCGCCGGUUCUGUCACAGCCCAGCCUGUCACCAACUUCACUGCUCCACCAGACAGCACCCAUCCUGGCGCCACCGGUCGCGACUUUUGCAACGUCACUUUCGCCUACCGUCAUGUCGGCCGCCCUACUGACCGAGUCAAUCUCUGGCUCUACCUUCCAAGUCCCGCCCAGUUCAAGAAGCGUUUCCUGGCUACAGGAGGAGGAGGGCUGUCCAUGACUUUGGGCGCACGAGGACUCGCAACUGGUCUCAGCUAUGGCGCUGUCUCCAUCACGACCGAUGCCGGCUUCGGCGGUUUCGACUCCGACCUCAGCCGUGUUAUCCUCUACGGCAACGGCGCCAUGAACUACGAUGCCCUCAUCGCCUACUCCUACAGGGCAAUGCACGAGAUGACUGUUCUCGGCAAGGAGCUUACCCGCAAGUUUUACAACGCCUCCAACUCGACCAAGAUUUACUCCUACUUCCAUGGCUGCUCCGAAGGUGGGCGUGAAGGCAUGUCUCAAGUCCAAAAAUACGGCACGACCUUUGACGGAAUUUCCGUUGGUUCUCCUGCGUUCCGUCAUCCCAUCUUCCACUACCACGGCCCUCUUUCUCAGCGCAAGCUCAACUACUUUCCCUCUGUUUGCGAGCUAUCACGUAUUACCGCCGAUGCUAUUGCCUUCUGCGACCCCCUCGACGGCAAAACCGACGGCGUAGUCGCACGCACCGAUCUCUGCUUCGCCCGCUUUAAUGCCUCGUCCUCGAUUGGAAACCCCUAUAACUGCUCCGCUGUUCCCCAGCUUGGCCAGCCACCCAUCGCCGGCACUGUUUCCGCCAAAGCCGCCGCCGUGGCAGCCGAGACCUGGCGCGGCAUGUACGACUCCAACAACAAGCUCAUCCACCCAUUCUUCGCUCCCUCAGUGGAGUUUGGUGACUCUGUCACAAUCCUCAACCCCGCCACGAACCAACUCGAGCCGUUCCCCAACCCUCUCUCCCCGGCGGUGGUCAAUUUGCUGAUCAAGGAAGUCUACUCUCCUACCUUGCCGCUGGAUGAAGUCAGCCCUGAUAUUGUCCGCGAGUGGGUCAACGAUUCAAUGGCCAAGUACCUUUCUGGCAUCUAUACUCUCUGGCCGGAUCUCACGCCGUUCAAGUCCAACGGUGGAAAGAUGAUAUUCUGGCAUGGGGAGGCUGAUGCUGCGAUUCCGGCGGUUUCAUCAACCAUGUAUCAAGACAAGGUCAGGAAGACGAUGUACCCUGGUUUGGGCGUGCAGCAAGGUUACGCCGAGAUGUCGAAAUGGAACAAGCUGUUUUUGGUGCCUGGAGGUGGGCACUGCGAUCCUGGGACGGUGGAUCCUCUGGGGGUGUUUAAGCCCAACAGCGCGGCGUGGCCAACAGAGGUUCUGAAGAGUUUGAUGGAGUGGGUGGAGGAGGGGAAGGAUUUUGAGAGACUGGAGGGGAUUGUGCAGGGUGGUGAGAAGAAGGGAGAGAAGGAGGGGAUUUGCGGGUUUCCUCUGAGACCUGUUUGGGCCGGCAACAAUGGAAGUGAUGGUAAGGGCAGGGGGAAAGGAAAGGGGAAGGGUAAGGGGCAACAGCAAAGUGAGGACGAAGAGGAGUUGCAGUGUGUCUUUGACCAGCAGAGCUUUGAGUUCUUUACUCCUAAGCUGGACAGUUUUUUGGUGGAUGCAUAUUAG